AUGAUGAUCGGCUUCUCUUGGAGCAACAAUCAUCCGCUUUCCCAUGGAGCUGCUGCUGCUAACACCAUCUCUGCAAAUCAACCGCUUUCCGGAGAUCAAACCAUUGUGUCGGCAGGUGGGAUCUUCGCACUUGGCUUCUUCAGACCAGGUAAGGUCUCCAGCAAAAACUACAUAGGAAUAUGGUACAACAAUCUCCCUGGUACUCAAACUGUGGUUUGGGUAGCGAACAGAGAUAAACCCAUCUCCGAUAGGUAUUCAUCUCAACUCAUAUUCUUAGACGGUAAUUUGGUGCUGCUUCUCAACGAAUCUCAUCAAACACCUAUUUGGUCCACCAACGUCUCAUCUUCAUCAUCGUCUCCUGCAGUUCGGGCGAUCCUAGGUGAUGAUGGUAAUUUCGUGCUAAAGGACAUGUCAAAUUCGACAGUUUGGCAGAGCUUUGAUUAUCCAGUCCACACAUGGUUGCCUGGUGCGAAACUUUCGUAUGACAAACUCACUAAAACGCACCAGAUCCUCACAUCCUGGAAAACCUCGGGGGAUCCUUCUGAUGGGUUAUUUUCCCUUGAACUGGAUGAAAAAAACAGUCAAUUACUUAGUCGGUGGAAUAGAUCCAAGCAGUACUGGACUAGCGGCCCAUGGGAUGGGAAGAUCUUCAGCUUGGUGCCGGAGAUGAGGGCUGACUUCCUCUUCAACUUCAGCUAUGUUAACAAUGUGAACGAGAGUUACUUCAUAUUUAAGAUGUAUGAUCCUAAAGGUAUUUCUCGAUUCUUUAUUGAUGUAGCGGGGCAAAUCAGGGUAGUAAGUUGGGUGCAGGGUGUUGGAUGGAAUUGGUUCUGGAACCAUCCAACAACACAGUGUGAGGUUUAUGCUUUAUGUGGAGGAAAUGGUGUCUGCAAUCAUAAUUAUAUGGAUCUGCCAUUCUGCAAUUGCUUGAAGGGUUUCAAUCCCAAGUCAAACCAUGAUUGGGGUCUCAAUGAUUUUUUAGGUGGUUGUGUGAGGAAAUCCGAAUUGCAAUGCGAAAAGGCCAAUAAAGACGGAUUCAUGUUGUUCACCAACAUGACAUGGCCUGAGAAUCCAAAGUAUCUUUCCAUUCAAAUAGAGGAUAUGAAGGAUUGUGCAUCUAUUUGUCUGAAUGACUGCUCUUGCACGGCUUAUUCUUACAACAUUCAUGACAGAUGUUUGGUUUGGAAUGCAGAGUUGUUCAAUCUACAACAGCUCGAUCAAUACGAAGGUUAUGAAGGUUAUGGCAAGAGUAUUUAUAUCAGACUUGCUGCCGAAGAAUUUGAAGAGUUUGCUAGUAGCAAGAGAAGCGUCAAAAAGACUAUUGGUGUAGUUAUAGGUUCGGUUGCUGCUAUAGUUGUUUUGGGCAUCGUUAUCCUCCUUAUAUUGAGGAGGAAAAAGAGGUCGAAUGUGGAAGGUUUUUUGGUUGUUUUCAUGUACCGGGACUUGCGACGGGCCACCAAAAACUUCUCGGAGAAACUAGGAGGUGGGGGGUUUGGUUCUGUUUUCAAAGGGAGGUUGCCUGAUUCAACGUUGAUCGCGGUUAAGAGGCUCGAUAGUAUCAGCCAAGGAGAGAAGCAAUUUAGGACGGAAGUGAACACGAUUGGCAACGUUCAACAUGUUAACCUUGUCCGUCUUCUUGGGUUCUGCUCCCAAGGAAUCAAGAAGUUGCUCGUUUACGAGUACAUGCAAAACGGCUCCCUGGAUUCCAUUCUUUUCCGUCAAAACGAUUCAAAAUCUAUUUUGAACUGGAAAACCAGGUACCAAAUUGCCAUUGGUAUAGCUCGGGGAUUGGCUUACCUACACGAGAAGUGUCGCGACUGCAUCGUCCACUGCGAUAUAAAACCCGAAAACAUCCUUCUAGAUGCCGGGUUCUGUCCCAAGGUGGCAGAUUUCGGCCUGGCGAAGCUCAUGGGUCGAGAUUUCAGCCGGGUGCUUACGAGUAUGAGAGGUACAAUAGGGUAUCUUGCUCCGGAAUGGAUAUCGGGAGUAGCUAUAACGGCAAAAGCGGAUGUUUAUAGCUACGGGCUGAUGCUAUUCGAGUUGAUAUCAGGACGAAGGAACUCUGGAGAUGGGAGAAUGAAGUACUUCCCCAUUUGGGCUGCCAAUGUGGCCGUAGAAGGGGGAGAUAUUAUGAGUCUAUUGGAUGCUAGACUGGAUAGGGAAAGUGCCGAACCUGAGGAGGUGAUGAGAGUAUGUAGGGUGGCUUGCUGGUGCAUACAAGACUGGGAAGUGCAUAGGCCUACAAUGGGUCAAGUGGUUCAGGUCCUUGAAGGGGUUAUAGACGUGGAACAGUCUCCGGUUCCACGGGUUCUCCAAAACAUGGUUGAAGACGAUGGAAGCUUAGUUUUCAUCGAAAAAAUAUCUUCUUCGUUCACUUCAAAUAAAACCUCACAGACUCAAAGCAUUUCUUUAUCCGCGAGUUUGUUACAUAAUUGUACACCCUAA